GCCGAAGGGGGGUGGGAGAGAGGGUGAUAGAGGCCAAGAUGGCGGCGGCCGAGGAGGAGCCCGCGCGGGAAAAUGGCAGCGCGGACAGGAGGGCCGCGAAGGGCGGCAAAGCGCCUCAGCCUUUCGUCCUGGGCUCCGUGGUUCGGAUCUUCAUGAAGAACUUCCUAAUAUAUGAUAACUGUGAAGUAUAUCCAGGGCCCAACCUGAACGUGGUUGUAGGUGCUAAUGGAACAGGGAAGUCAAGCAUUGUUUGUGCCAUCUGCCUGGGACUGGCUGGGAAACCUUCUUUCAUAGGGCGGGCCGAUAAGGUUGGUCUCUUUGUAAAGCAGGGAUGCACGAAAGGUUUAGUGGAAAUUGAACUGUUUAAGCCACCAGGCAAUAUUAUUAUCACCCGUGAGAUUCAAGUGGUGAACAACACAUCAUCGUGGUGGAUCAACAGAAAGCCAGCAACCCUGAAAACAGUAGAAGAACACAUUGCAGCUUUGAACAUCCAGGUGGACAAUCUGUGCCAUUUUCUUCCUCAGGACAGAGUUGGAGAAUUUGCAAAACUGAGUAAGACUGAAUUGCUUGAAGCCACUGAAAAAUCGAUUGGUUCUCGAGAAAUGUACCAGUUCCACUGCGAACUAAAAAGCUUUCGAGAAAGGGAAAGAGAACUGGAGCACUUGUGCAGAGAAAAAACUAACUCAUUGGAGAAAAUGAAACAGAUGAUUGAACGAUACAAGCAAGAUGUUGACAGAUACCUAGAGCACAAGAGCCACAUAGACUUGAUAGAGAUGCUUGAGAGGAAAAGGCCUUGGUUGGAAUAUGAAAAUGUUCGUAUGCAGUAUAUGGAAGUGAAACAGCGCAGAAACAAAGCCAAGAAAGACCUGGAGAUUCUGAAAGAAAGACAGUUCCCAAGGGCAAAAAAAAUCCGAGAAGCUGAAGAAAAUUUGAACAGUCUGGAUUUGAAAACAAGAGAUAAUACUGCUAAAAUCAUAGAGAUUUCCCAGAGAAUUAAACAGAAGCAAGAUGCUUUGGAGAUGAAAGAAAAAAAGAUUGAAGAAAUUAAGCAAGCACUGAGAAUGAAAAAAGAUGAAGAAAUGGACAGACAGAAGAAAAUACACACUACUCAGGAGAUAAUAGAGACGUGGAAGAAUGAGCUGAACACAAUGGCAGUAUGUGAGAAUCUUCAGCCACAGAUUGAUGCUAUUAAUAAUGAGCUGAAAAAAUUACAAGAAGAAAGGACAAAUAUUGAUAGUGAUAUCAGUGACCUAAGAGCAGAGAAAAGGAAUCAAGAGAGAGAAGAGAAAAGAAUAAUUGAUCACCUUGGAAAACUUAAUAAUAUAAUGAAAAUGAAGGAGGAGAACCUCAGAGGGAGAUUCCUGGACACAUACUCUGCUCUUACGUGGCUAAGAAAGAACAAAGACAAGUUUAAAAAAAAAGUUUACGAACCCAUGAUGCUUGAAAUCAAUCCAAGAGACAGUAGACAUGCUAAAUAUAUUGAAAACCACAUUUCAAGCGAUGACAUGAGGGCUUUUGUUUUUGAGAGUCAAGAAGAUAUGGAAGUGUUUCUUGUAGAGAUACGUGAUCAUCAGAAACUAAGAGUGAAUGCUGUAUGCGCACCUGCUGCAUCAUGUGCUGAAAACCUCCCUUCAAGACCUAUUGAGGAAUUACACCAAUAUGGAUUUUUCUCAUAUUUACGAGAGUUAUUUGAUGCUCCUCGUCCUGUGAUGAGUUAUCUUUGUUACCAAUAUCAUGUUCAUGAAGUUCCUGUGGGAACAGAGAAGACCAGAGACAUGAUUGAAAAGGUCAUACGAGAAACCAAAUUUAGGCAAAUAUACACAGCGGAAGAAAGAUAUAUUAUUAAAGUAUCUUCUUAUACAAAUCGAACCCUCUCUACUAACACAUUCCUGAGGGCAGCACAGUUUCUCAGUGGUUCUGUGGAUACAGAUGAAAGAAGGCAGUUGGAAAGCCAACAACAGGACAUCAAUAACAUGUCGAAGGCAUUGGAUAUGCGUUUGGCUACGUUGUUUGAGAGACAGAAACAUCUGGAACACAGAGACAAUGAGCUCAGGCAACAGAAGAAGGACCUUUUAGAGAGAGGAAACAGAAGGAGACAAUUGGAAUCAAAAAUAGCUUUGAAGUAUGAUAGUUUAAGACAGCUGGAACAAGAUGCUAUUGAUGUAGAGAAGGAAUCUCAACUGGCGAAUCUAAAGAUCAAAGAAAUAAAUAAACAGAAAGCAGAACUCGUUACUGAGUUUAUGUAUCUCACAAAGGAUAUCAUUCCACUGAGCAUCCUCAAAGGGGUUUUGACUCUUCGAAGGAGUAAGGUGAUUGCUGAGAAGACCAAACUAGAAUCAGAGUAUAAACCAGGAACUGUGCAGCUAAAAGCUGCAGAGCAAUGGUUUCAUGAACUGGAUGAUAAGAAGCGAGUUCUUUAUGAGAACUGCAAGGAGCUGAUGAAGCAAGCUCAACAGGUCUGCAAAUUGAGUCCAGAUCAAGAUUUUCCAAGAGAAUUGCAAAGCAGUUUUCAGGCUCUUCCAAACACACUGGAGGAAAUUGAUGCUCUUCUGAAUGAAGAGAAGACCAGGGCCUCCUGUUUCACAGGCCUGAAUGCUUCAGUUGUUGAAGAAUACAAUAAGCAAACACAAGAAAUACAGCAGUUGACAAAAUAUCUAGAGGAAAAGAAAAAUGAAUUGAAUAACUAUAGGCAAAACAUUUCACAGGUCAAAGAAAGGUGGUUAAACCUCUUGAAAGGCAUGAUUGAACAAAUUAAUGCUAAGUUCAGUAAGUUCUUUAGUUCUAUGCAGUGUGUUGGUGAAGUUGAUCUUCAUGUGGAAAAUGAGGAGGAGUACGACAAGUAUGGGAUUCGCAUUAGAGUCAAAUUCCGCAGUGGCACUGAACUUCAUGAAUUGACUCCAUAUCAUCAGAGUGGAGGUGAGAAGAGUGUUUCCACUAUGUUAUACCUGAUGGCUCUACAAGAACUCAACACAUGUCCUUUCAGGAUUGUUGAUGAAAUAAAUCAGGGAAUGGAUCCAGUGAAUGAGAGAAGAGUUUUUCAAAUGGUUGUCGAAACUGCUUGUAAAAAAAAGGCAUCUCAGUACUUCCUCAUUACACCAAAGCUCCUGUGGAAUCUCACUUACAGUGACAAGAUGACUGUGCUGUUUGUCUACAGUGGACCUUUUAUGGUGGAGUCAAAAAAAUGGAACACAAAGUAUUUCAUGAAGCGACGACGUCGACUUUCAAGGAUGGCUGAACAGUGUAUAGCUACAGAUACGUAGCUAUAUAUAUAAAAUGUUUCUGUAGAAACAUAUAUAUAUAAAUGUUUACAUAUAUAAAAUGUUUCUGCAGACCUUUUUUGAAACAUUUGGCUUUCAAGACUCCAGAAGUUGUCAAAGAGGAGAACCUGCAAAGAAUUGAUAGUUAAGGACGUGAAUCUUAAAAUUUACACAGAUUUGAAGUGCAUGAUUUCUUUUUGAAGCCUAUCAUAGUGGUCACUUUCUCUGAAGAACUUGCUUUUUCUCAAUGAUAGGUUUAAAUAAAAAAGGAAAUUUCUUGUAUUUUUCUGGGUUUUUUUUCAGUAAUGCAGCAUUAGAAGUACAGUUAAUUUUUCUAGGUUAUGCUGGACUAAUUCUAUUACCGUUGUUUUUUGGAGUCUGGUUUUUUUUCCCCAAAAAUUGCAAUUAGCUUUUGGUAAAUAGUCUUCAUUUACCACAGAUAUGGAUGUUAUCUGAAGUUCCCCUAUUGAAAUGUAACCUUUUUUAAUUAGUUCAGAUGAUCUAUAGGGAGAGAAAGAUUUGUAAGUAGCUGAGCACUGGUUUUUAUUUUGCGAAAAUACACCUGAACUUAAUAUAAAGAAUAUGGUUCUAUGAAUGUAUUACUGUUGAGUAAAUACUUUAUAAUCAUUAUUUAUCAUUUUUGACAUAAUGUUUCAUUUUGUAGUCCUCAAGGGAUAAGGUCACAAAAUCACAAAUAUUUGACAGAAGAGCUAAAAGAGUGUGGAAACUUGAGCUCUGGUUCAGGGUUCGGGUUGGUCAGCAGAGUAUCCUCAACAUAAUUAAAAUUGCAGGUCUGUCUGUCUGUCCAGUGUAUUGCAGGGUCUUUGUUUUAUAUGUGUUCUUUGAUAGACAAAAUACUUCGCUCCUUGUAACCCUGAACUUUUAAGGUGGUUGUUUUGUUAUGUUUUUCAUUUUUAUUUUUAGGGAGUUGUAAAAACAGACAUUCUGUUUAGUCUCUGAGCAUCAAUGUAUGAAAAGUGCAAUUUGCUUUCAGUGUCUAAAUAAGUGAAACUACUUACAUGAACAUGUGUUAAGACUUGGUUCUUCUGUGACUAGAGAGCACUAUCUGUUCUUAAUGCUGUCAUGUUAGAACUUCGUGGGAUUUCUUUUUUGAUUUCAGUUCCUUUCUCAUGUUUCAAACUGAGGUAGGAAAUAGAAGUGACUUAUUUCAAGAGGAUGACACUUCAGAUCCUGUCUCAGAAAAUUACCUCUUGUGGAUACAUGGCUGCCACACUGCACAAGUGAAGAGGUGUUUGAUUUUUCCUUGAAGCCAUUGAUCACAGGUGCUGAUUUCAUUGUAUCUUACUGCAAUCUUAAUACAAUACUGUCAUUCAUAUUAACUUACCCUAGGCAGUGUAAUGAGCUGCAAAACUACCACUGUCAUGGUACUAACAAAUAGAUCUUCAGUGUCCAGCAGCUCUCCUACCUGAGGCCUCUGGGGGAGGUCUGUAUAUGGAAGCAGCCGUUGCUGUUUGCAGUGGGCUGCACAACAUGGCUGUGGCCUCCCAUACACUGGGUCCUGUUAACCACCUGCUGAUUUGUGUGAGAGGUGCAUCCAGAGACCUUCUGGUGUAAAAGGGAGCCUUUUGAACUUGAAAAUCCACAUGGAGUUGCCAAAUGUAGCUGCAGUAUUACAGAGCAUUCUCUACCAGCUAACAGGGCCCUUCUGUGCUGCCAGCUUCCUCAUGCUUUGCUACUGACAUUCAGCUCUUGCUAUAAAAACCCGUGGAAUUGAUUUCAAUGUAACUUUGAGGAGGGGAGAAUGAGUGGGAGUUAAGGUUAAAUAUACAUGUGAUAUCCAACUUUCCCUGCUGACUAGACAGGACCUCUCAAAAAUGUAGAAGUGGAAAGACCCCAAAUAGUCUAAACAGUUGAUGUAUAAAUUGAGCUUUCUCAAAAAAUAGGUGCUCUGUUUAGACCAGCUGAAGACUAGGGCAAAGAUCUUCUUCCACCACCAUCUGCAGUUCUAACAAACAUCUGUCUCUGCUUAUGUAUUGCAACAGAGAGAAAGAGCAUGGAAAUUGUGACUUACUGAGAAAUAAAAAGAUCUUGG